AUGAGGCGACGGCAAUAUCUGCUCAGCCCAAACUUCUCUGCCGCUUCCACACAACGGACGAACAUUCAGAGUUGCCAGAAUACUGGGAGUGCCAACGGAGCAGAAGAACGUGUACUGAUGCAUGUGGGCGAGCAGCAACGCCGAAUGGAUAACGCGGGAGACUUGUGGCACCGGAGAUGGACGUGCAGCACGCUCAAGCCGCAGGAACCACCCAGCAAAGGAAGACAGCAAGACAACAGCAGCGACAACAGCGACAACAGCAAAGGAGGCAAGGCGCAAGCACCGGUCACCACCUUCCACGUUGCGUCCAAGACAACAGCAGCGACAACAGCGACAACAGCAAAGGAGGCAAGGCGCAAGCACCGGUCACCACCUUCCACGUUGCGUCUGGCAUUCGACAGACCAUUCCGCGCCACUGCCAACAGAACAGCAAAGGCAAAACACACAACCAGUGGCACUGGCAUAGCCGCCAAAGCCAGCACCAUGUCCAACAACCAGGCCAACACCAACGUCCUCCCCAACCUCGGGCUCGCCCAUACGCACGGCAACAACGCACCCGGUGCCGUCAUGCACCAAGGUGGCCAGGCCACGACCGCAGCCAACACGGUCGCCGUCCAAGCAGCCGCAGCUCAAGGUACCGCGCCACUCACGGUCGCCAACUUGCAGGUCCACAACGCCGCGUUCGGCAACGGCAUGCAGGUCAACAACAUCAACGACGACCUCUUCUGCUUCAGCGAUGCCGAGCCCGAGUCCGACUCCGAGUCCGACUAA